AUGGAGAAACUACUUUGCUUUCGCUUAUGUUUAUUCACAUUUUCAUUGCAAUGUUUCAUAUUCUACUUAGCUCUAAGUGGAACCAACUUCACCACAGACAAGUUUGCACUUCUUGCUCUCAAAUCUUCUAUAACCAAGGACCCUUACCAUUUCCUGUCUCGUAGUUGGUCUGUCUCCUCUUCUGUAUGCAACUGGGUUGGUGUCACUUGUGAUGCUAACCAUAGAAGGAUAAGGACCUUGAAUCUUGGUAACAUGGGUCUUAGUGGUACCAUACCUUCUCAGUUGGGAAACCUCACAUUCCUUAUUGAACUUGACCUUGGUGGAAACAAUUUCCAUGAUCAAUUGCCAAAAGAACUAGUCCAGCUUCGUAGAUUGAAGUCACUCAACUUGAGCUACAAUGAAUUUAGUGGAAAUGUUCCAACUUGGAUUGGAGGCUUAUCAGCACUACAAUAUUUAUACCUUGGAAAUAAUAAAUUUGGUGGUUUUAAUCCAAAAUCUUUAUCCAAUUUGACAAUGCUAGAGAUCUUGGAUUGGAAUGACAAUCUCAUUCAAGGAACUAUUCCUCCUGAAGUUGGCAAAAUGACUCACAUGAGGUUGUUAUCAAUGGCUUCAAAUAGUCUUUCGGGAACCAUUCCUCCCUCAAUUUCUAAUCUCUCUUCCCUUGAACGAAUCAGUUUAUCUUAUAACUCUCUUUCAGGUAAUGUCUUUUGUUGA